AUGUCCGACCCCCAUCGCGAUGUCUCCCAGUACAAGUACUCGGCCAUGUCCAACCUGGUCCUCCAGGCGGACCGUCGGUUUGUCACACGUCGAACGGACGAGGCCACGGGCGACCCAGAGUCUCUUGCUGGGCGCCUGAGCAUCAACGACAUGGGCUCUCGAGUCGCUCGCGAUGAAGCACCGAAGCCGAAGAAGCAAUCGGGGAUGCCCGACAUCGAGCGCGGGAGCCUUCAAGAAGGCCAGGACGUCUUGCUGAGAGAGCAGCGAAAGCGAAGACCCGAUGCGCCGCAAACUGGUGUCCUGGGCACGAAUGACACCUUGAUCGAAGGCAUCACAUAUCGACCUCGAACUGCUGCGACACGGGCGACCUUUGACCUGAUCCUGACACUUGUGGCGAACAGCCUUGGCGACGUCCCGUACGAUGUCGUUCGCAGUGCUGCAGAUGCCGUGCUGGAAUAUCUGAAGGACGAUGACAUGAAGGACUUGGAUAAGAAGAAGGAAAUUGAUGAGAUUCUCGGCACAACUCUGAGCCCCAAGCAGUUCAACGAACUGGUCAACUUGGGGAAGAAGAUCACAGAUUACGACGCCCAAGACGAUGAUGAGGAUGUCAACAUGGGAGAUAACAACGAUGAUGACGCCGAAAUCGACGAGCGGCAGGGUGUGGCUGUUGCCUUUGACGAGGACGACGAAGAGGACGACAUCGUCAAUGAAGUUCGGGAUGAGUCUUCCGAGGACGAAGACGAAGCGGAGGAAGAAGAAGGGGCGGCCAAGGCAGAUGAUGAUGCCAUCGAUGCCGAGGAGGAAAUGAUCCUCGAUGCAGCACCUUCUGAAGACAAGCAGAAGAAGAGCGACAAGACCACAAUACCUGCGCGAGAUGUGGAUGCUUUCUGGCUACAGCGACAGAUUGGCAUGUUAUACCCGGAUGCGCACGAGCAAGCAGACAAGACAAAGGAGGCGCUGCGCAUAUUGUCUGGAGAACCUGACGAGGUCGGCGGCGAAGAGAAGUCACUCCGUGAGAUUGAAAACGAUCUGAUGGAGCUCUUCGACUUCGAGCAUCACGAGCUCGUCCAGAAGCUGGUCGAGAACAGGGAAAAGGUGUUUUGGCUUACGAAGCUUGCCAGAGCACCAGACGCGGAGCAGCGUGCCAAUGUCGAAAGGGAAAUGGCCUCGGAGGGUCUGCAGUGGAUUCUCAACGAACUGCGCGGCAAGACAGGGCCCGACGGGGACAAGGCAGGAAAGGGGACUAUCAAAAUGGAUAUCGAUGUACCCGCCUCCUUUACCGCAGAAGGCCCCAAGGCGGAACGCCCUGAAGGCCAACUGGUGGGUGGUCUGCAGCCGAAGAAGCUCAUCAACCUGGAGAACCUCGUCUUCGACCAAGGAAAUCACUUGAUGACCAACCCCAAGGUCAGAUUGCCAGAGGGAUCGACGAAGAGAUCUUUCAAGGGCUACGAAGAGAUCCACGUGCCCGCUCCGAAGAAACGCAGCGAUCCAGACGAUGUCCUCAUCCCCAUCACAGACAUGCCGGAGUGGUCACGGCUGCCCUUUAGCACGGCCAAGUCCCUAAACAAGAUACAGUCCAAAUGCUUUCCAGCGGCUUUCGAGGACGAUGGCAACAUGCUUGUUUGUGCCCCCACUGGUAGUGGGAAAACAAACGUGGCGAUGUUGACUAUCCUAAGAGAAAUUGGCAAGAACCGGAACCCUGAAACUGGUGACAUCGAUCUUGAUGCUUUCAAGAUAGUCUACAUUGCCCCUCUCAAGGCCCUCGUUCAGGAGCAAGUUGGAAACUUUGGAAAACGCCUCGAGCCUUACGGAAUCCGCGUGUCUGAGUUGACUGGUGAUCGCCAACUCACUAAGCAACAGAUUGCAGAAACCCAAAUCAUCGUGACUACGCCUGAAAAAUGGGACGUCAUCACGCGCAAGGCCAACGAUCUGUCCUACACCAACCUGGUGCGCUUGAUCAUCAUUGACGAAAUCCAUCUGCUCCACGACGACCGUGGUCCCGUUCUGGAGAGUAUCGUCGCCAGAACCAUUCGCAAAACCGAACAAACGGGAGAGCCAGUGCGAAUCGUCGGUCUGUCUGCAACCCUUCCAAACUACCGAGAUGUCGCCAGCUUCCUCCGCGUCGACACCAAGAAGGCCAUGUUCCACUUUGACGGUUCCUUCAGACCGUGUCCCCUCCGACAAGAGUUCAUCGGCGUCACAGAACGCAAGGCAAUCAAGCAGCUCAAGACGAUGAACGAUGUCACGUACAACAAGGUCAUUGAGCACGUCGGCACUCACCGGAAUCAGAUGAUCAUCUUUGUCCACUCUCGUAAAGAAACCGCAAAGACGGCUCGGUAUAUCCGAGACAAGGCUUUGGAACUGGACACAAUCAACCAGAUUCUGCGCCACGAUGCUGGUAGCCGAGAGGUCUUGGCUGAAGCUGCAAGCCAGGCCACCGAUGCGGAUCUCAAGGACAUCCUGCCCUAUGGUUUCGGAAUCCAUCACGCCGGUAUGAACCGAAUCGACAGAACCGACGUUGAGGAUUUGUUCGCCAGAGGCGCCAUUCAGGUUCUCGUGUCCACUGCCACGCUUGCCUGGGGUGUCAACUUGCCUGCUCACACCGUCAUCAUCAAGGGUACACAGAUCUACUCUCCCGAAAAGGGUAGCUGGGUUGAGCUGAGUCCUCAAGAUGUUCUCCAGAUGCUGGGCCGUGCAGGUCGACCACAAUUCGACACUUAUGGCGAGGGCAUCAUCAUCACAACGCAGAGCGAGAUACAGUACUACCUUUCGCUUCUGAACCAGCAACUUCCCAUUGAGAGUCAGUUUGUGAGCAAAUUGGUAGAUAACCUCAAUGCCGAAAUUGUACUUGGCAACGUCAGGACUCGAGAUGAAGGCGUCGAGUGGCUUGGAUACACAUAUCUCUUUGUUCGAAUGCUUCGGUCUCCUGGACUGUACCAAGUUGGUCCGGAAUAUGAGGACGACGAGGCGCUAGAACAGAAGCGUGUCGAUCUGAUACAUUCUGCAGCAAUGGUCUUGAGGAAGUCUAACCUUGUCAAAUAUGAUGAGAAGACGGGCAGGAUGCAGUCUACAGAAUUGGGCCGCAUUGCUUCGCACUACUACAUUACCGCCAGCUCCAUGGACACCUACAACAACCUCAUCCAGCCAUCCAUUACCACCAUUGAGCUCUUCCGCGUCUUCGCUCUCAGCGCAGAAUUCAAAUACAUUCCUGUCCGUCAAGACGAGAAGCUGGAGCUUGCUAAGCUGAUGGGCAGAGUGCCGAUCCCCGUCAAGGAAAGCAUCGAAGAACCACACGCAAAGAUCAAUGUUCUGCUUCAGGCCUAUAUCUCGCGCUUGAAGCUGGAGGGCCUGGCUCUCAUGGCAGACAUGGUCUAUGUCACGCAGAGUGCCGGCCGAAUCCUGCGCGCCAUCUUUGAGAUUACGCUCAAGAAGGGCUGGGCGUCCGUUGCGAAGACUGCCUUGGAUUUGUGCAAGAUGGCUGAGAAGCGGAUGUGGCCCACCAUGUCGCCGCUGCGCCAGUUCCCCUCCUGCCCGCGUGACAUUGUUCAGAAAGCGGAAAGAAUCGAGGUCUCAUGGAGCAGCUACUUCGAUCUUGAUCCUCCCAGGAUGGGCGAGCUGCUGGGCAUGCCCAAGGCAGGCCGCACCGUCUGUGGACUGGUUGCCAAAUUCCCCAGACUCGACGUUCAGGCGCAAGUCCAGCCCAUGACCAGGUCCAUGCUGCGAGUCGAGCUUAGCAUCACGCCAAACUUCGAGUGGGAUGAUAGCAUCCAUGGCGCGGCCGAGAGCUUCUGGAUCAUUGUCGAGGACUGUGAUGGCGAGGACAUUCUGUAUCAUGACACGUUCCUCCUUCGCAAGGACUAUGCGGAGGCCGAAGCAAACGAACACAUUGUCGACUUUACCGUCCCGAUCACUGAUCCUAUGCCACCCAACUACUUCGUCUCAGUCAUCUCCGACAGGUGGAUGCAUUCGGAGACGAGGUUGGCCGUUCCCUUCCACAAGCUCAUCUUGCCGGAAAAGUUCCCCCCUCACACUGAGCUGCUCGAUCUUCAACCUCUCCUCGUGUCAGCGCUCAAAGUCCAGGACUACAUUAACCUGUAUCCGGAAUGGAGGCAGUUCAACAAAGUUCAAACACAAACCUUCAACUCGCUGUACAAGACUGAUCAGAAUGUCUUUAUCGGCGCUCCAACGGGAAGCGGCAAGACGGUAUGUGCCGAGUUUGCUCUCUUGCGACACUGGUCGCAGGGCGAGGCUGGUCGAGCAGUCUACAUCGCUCCUUUCCAGGAGCUUGUCGACGCUCGUCUCCAAGACUGGCAAAAGAGGCUGGGCCACUUGGGCGGUGGAAAACAGAUUGUGAAGUUGACGGGCGAAACCGCCGCAGAUCUCAAGAUCCUGGAAGCCGGCGACUUGAUCCUCGCUACACCGACGCAGUGGGAUGUUUUGUCCAGGCAGUGGAAGCGACGAAAGAAUGUCCAGACGGUACAGCUCUUCAUCGCCGAUGAGAUCCAUCUCCUGGGCGGUUCUAUGGGCUACAUCUACGAGAUCAUCGUCUCGCGUAUGCACUACAUCCGUACCCAGACCGAGCUGCCCAUGAGAAUUGUUGCUCUGAGUGUCUCUCUGGCCAAUGCACGGGAUAUUGGCGAGUGGAUUGACGCCAAGAAGCACGACAUUUACAACUUCAGCCCUCACGUCAGACCCGUCCCCCUCGAGCUUCACAUCCAAUCCUACUCAAUCCCCCAUUUCCCAUCCCUGAUGCUGGCCAUGGCAAAGCCCGCAUAUCUGGCCAUCACCCAGAUGUCGCCAGACAAGCCGGCGAUGAUCUUCGUGCCCAGUCGAAAACAGACGAGAAGCACUGCGCGCGACUUGCUGGUGGCCUGUGCUGCGGAUGAUGACGACGACCGCUUCCUGCACGCUGAUGUUGAGCAAAUGCGACCCCUCCUCGAUCGCGUUCACGAAGAGGCCCUGGCUGAAGCCCUAUCUCAUGGUAUCGGCUACUACCACGAAGCUCUAAGUCAGAGUGACAAGCGUAUCGUCAAGCAUCUUUACGAUAACGGCGCCAUUCAGGUUCUUAUCGCGUCUCGAGACGUCUGCUGGGAACUGACAAACACUGCUCAUCUCGUUAUCGUCAUGGGGACACAGUACUUUGAGGGCCGUGAACACAGAUAUGUGGACUACCCCCUGAGCGAAAUCCUACAGAUGUUUGGCAAGGCAUUGCGACCAUCAAAGGACGGCCGCGGCCGUGGAGUGCUCAUGUUGCCCCAGGUAAAGCGUGAGUAUUACAAGAAGUUCCUGAACGAGGCCCUACCCAUCGAGUCGCACUUGCACAACUACCUCCACGAUGCCUUCGUCACGGAGAUUAGCACCAAGAUGAUCGAGUCCGGCGACGAUGCCAUCAACUGGACCACGUUCACAUACUUCUAUCGAAGACUGCUCGGUAACCCAAGCUACUACGGCUUGACCAGCACAACUCACGAAGGCCUUAGCAACUUCAUGUCAGACCUGGUGGAAACGACGCUGCGUGAACUGGCCGAGUCCAAGAUUAUCGAAUUCGAUGAGGACGAUGGAUCUGUGGCGCCACAGAAUGCAGCCAUGAUCGGAGCCUACUACAACAUCUCCUACAUCACGAUGCAGACCUUCUUACUCUCACUCACGGCACGGACAAAGCUCAAGGGCAUCUUGGAAAUCGUCACAUCAGCCACCGAGUUUGAGACGAUCCAGGUCCGUCGACACGAGGACAGUCUUUUGCGACGCAUCUACGAUCGCGUGCCCGUCAAGAUGGCACAGCCCAGCUACGACUCGCCUCACUUCAAGGCCUUUGUUCUGCUCCAGGCGCAUUUCUCUCGGAUGCAACUUCCCAUCGAUCUCGCCAAAGACCAAGAAGUCCUUCUCUGCAGAAUUCUCAGUCUCCUCAGCGCCAUGGUCGACAUUCUUUCAUCGGAUGGCCAUCUCAACGCCAUGAAUGCCAUGGAAAUGUCGCAGAUGGUUGUCCAAGCCAUGUGGGAUCGCGACAGCCCUCUCAAGCAGAUUCCGCACUUUUCGCCAGAGGUUGUCAAGGUUGCAAAUGACUUUGGAAUCAAGGACAUCUUCGACUUCAUGGAAGCGAUGAACCCCGAUGAGAACCCGGACUACAACAAGCUGGUCAAGCAACUGGGUCUUUCGCAGAAGCAACUGGCACAGGCAGCAGAGUUUACAAACGACAAGUAUCCCGACUUGGAGCUUGAGCACGAGGUUCUCGAUGCAGACGAGAUCAGGGCCGGCGAGCCGGCUCACCUGAACAUCAAAAUCACGCGUAACAUUGAAGAGGACGACGAGCACGACCCUACGGUGCACGCGCCUUUCUACCCGGCGAAGAAGAUUGAGAAUUGGUGGUUAGUGGUGGGCGACGAUAAGACCCGGAACCUUCUGGCAAUCAAGAGGGUCACGAUUGGCCGCGAAUUAAGCGUCCGGCUUGAAUACACUGUGCCAUCUCCUGGUGAGCACAAUCUCAAGCUGUUCCUAAUGAGCGAUAGUUACGUCGGCGUGGACCAGGAGCGGGAGUUUUCGGUGACGGCAGCAGAGAGCAUGGACGUGGACGAGGACGACGAGGACGAAGACGAGGAGUAG